AUGUACACGGAUAUGUGUUUGGGAAUGAUGAAAAAUAUACUAAGGAUGCGGCCAGAUAUGAAAUUGGUUGUAAUUGCAUCGGCCACACUGGAUCCGGAUUUGUUUUUGAAUUAUUUCGCCGAAUUUGGUGCGCAAAAGCUGGAGAUCAGGGGCCGGCAAUUUCCAAUUCGAGUGCAUUAUGAGCCACCGAAAAGCGAUUCCGCGGGGUAA